AUGAAUUAUUAAUUAAUUGGCACCAUACAUAUAUUGCAGUACACAGUGUGCAUCAUUUGUGAGAAGAGAGAAGGGUCUUCUUCUUGCUUUCCCUUGCUUCAAUCUGUAUUCACAGUUCCAAUUCCAAUUCCAAUUCCAUGACCCUUUGUGCUGCGGAAAACAUGAGUGAUGGAUAUGUGUUCAAAGAAGAGAUCCAUCUCACAGUCCUUAAAACCUCUCUGUUCUUCGCCGGUGAUGGAUUCACCGUCUACGAUUGCAAGGGUCAACUCCUCUUCCGCGUAGACUCUUAUGGACCCGACACUCGCGACAGAGACGAACUCGUUCUCAUGGAUCCUAACGGACGUUGUCUUCUCACCGUUCGCCGAAAGAGGCCGAGUCUACAUCAACGGUGGGAGGGCUUUAAAGGGGAGAGAAUGGACGGUGAUAAACCCAUCUUCAGUGUGAAGAGAGCGUCGAUCAUAGGGCGGUCACGUGCGAGCGUGACGGUGGAGAUGUACGAUAACCCGGGUGAGGAGUACCAGAUCGAAGGGUGCUUCUCGCAGCGUUGCUGCACGAUUUUCAAUGUAACCAAAGAAUCUGUGGCUGAGAUUCGUCGCAAAGUAGACCCCACCACCAGCGUUGUGCUUGGCAAGGAAGUCUUCUCUCUUUCCGUUAAGCCCGGCUUUGACGCUUCUUUUGCCAUGGGAUUUGUUCUUGUUCUCGACCAGAUCAACGGUGAGGAUUACGUCGAUAAUACUGCAACCGCAGAGCCUGCGGUGCACCCUGCCGCAGAAGAUUAGAAACGACUCUAAAUCAUAUCUGAACGUUUUUAGUAUCUACAUACUAGAGUCCUCUACCCGUUAUGAGCCAGCCCAAAUGGGACAGAUAGCACAUUUUGCGCUGAUGGUAAAGAUGUAUCAUUAACAUUACAGCUUCAUAUAUGACAACAAACAAAUAUUAAGCAGAACAUGUUGCGCUUUUUCUUUUUUCUUUUUUUUUUUUCAUAUUUUCACUUUCUAUAUAGAGCAUAUUGACACCGCUGAAAUGUUGAAAAAACAGCAGAUUAACAGCAGUAGACAAGAUUAAACGCCUAAUGAAGUGUUAAUAAAGGAUAGGAAGUUAAUCAGCAACACAAUGCGAUGUACACAUAUCUUAGGCAUGGAAAUUCUACAACUUGACAUGUUUAGAAGUGCUGAAAACUGUUACAGAAUCCAAAGAAUCAAAUCACUGAAUCCACAUGUACCUUAAUCUUAUGAUAAAUAAAUUACAAUGCUACAAGAAGAAGAGCAGCAAAACUUGUGAAAACCGUUAUGGACCAGGAUCCAAUACCCUGCAAAGCAUAAUUGUUAGAAACUUGAAACUGAAGAAACAAAUUUAGAUACAAUGUCUUUAGAAAUUAGAAAAUUGGUUCAAUAGUGAAAGGAGAUAUACACACCUUGAAGGAAAGGAAAGAUGAAGUUGCUGAAGAAGGUACAAGACCCGUGAAGCCAAUAUCAUAUGCAAUGCUUCCAUCAGGCUUAAACAAUCCAAAGUUUCUUUCUGAUGUUGGUCCAGGCUUCAAAUUCUCAUUAAACAAAGCAAAGAUAUAAGCUUUCACCACAUUUUUUGGCCUAUAAGGGGUCCCUUUCUUCUUGAGCAAACGUUUUCGCAAAUUUCCAUUGUAAGUUCUUGCAUUUUUCACUGUUGCUCCAGCUUCAUUCUCAUCACCAUGAGAAGCCCAACCAGUCUCAGAAACAAUAACCUCCAUCUUGUCAAAGCCAGCCUUCUCCAAGGCAGCAUAAGCUGCGUCAACUUGUGCAUCAAACAUGUUACUAUAAUGUAGUUUAGUCUUUGCAUCAUAAAUCCCAGGACUUUUUUGGAAGAGAGCAUAGUUAAUGUCAAUAUGCUGUGGAUCAUUCUUAUAGGCAAGGAAAGGGUAUGCAUUUAUGAAGAAAGGAGUGCCAAUCUGUGAAAAGAAUUGCAAGAGAGGCUUCAUAUAUGGGAGAACAUCCUCCUUAAAAGUGCACGAGGAUGGAGGAAAAGAAUUAGCAAACACAGCUUCUGAAUGUGGACUUGAGACCUGAACAUCCUUUGUUAAACCAAGCUUAUCAAGGGCAUUAUAAACAUUUUUUGCUGCAGG